AGGUGUGACAGGACCAGGGAGUCGUGCCAAGUGUGGUGCCCAGGGUGCCACUCGUGCUGGGGAGGCAGAUGGGGAGCGAGGGCAAGAGAGGAAGGCACGAAACAGGCUCUCCUGCCUGCCCAGGCUGCCACCACCUCUCCCAGCCGAUGCAAUUCGAAUCCUCGUGCUGUGCUUGCUGCCUGAACGGUGAGCACUGAAAGCUUUUUGUUUGUUUGUUUGGUAUUUUUUCUUAGGUUGGUUUUUUUGGUUUUGUUUGUUUGUUUGGUUGGGUUUUUUUUUUUGUGACAGUGGAAAAAUCAGUAAGGCUGCAUAAAUUAUGUAGUUGGAAAAGUCCUUUUAUUCCUCAACAGGGUAAUGCUGUGGCCAAGGUUUUUCUGGGUCAGUGGAACCUGCACAACCGGUAUCUUCACACAAACUCCAGGUCUGUCUGCAGCACAAGGAACGGGACAGGCACAUAAGGACUAUAAAAUGACCUCUAACAGGCAAAUGAAAGAGCCCUGAGGAAGAAGUGGCUGUGGGCAGUGUGAAUCAGCAGAAGUGACUGUGCACACCUUCAUGCACCCACUAUAUGCUAAAUCUGUAAUAAAAUUGUCACAGCCCCAGACAUGGGCUUUGCCACGCUUGCACAUGCAAAGCUUUCCAACGUGCUGCAGCUGCUAUUGAGCGCGGUGUACUGUUCUGCUGCUGCUCAUGGGGGUGAGUCCAGCCUGGGCAAGAGGUCCUUGCUUCACUAUGAACAUGAUUCCAGUGGUGCUGUUGACUCUUCUCAAGACACGAGGCUACAUGUUUUCACACUGGACUAUGACUAUGUGCAAAUUCCCUAUGAAGUUACCCUUUGGAUCCUCCUUGCCUCUUUUGCAAAAAUAGGUUUCCAUAUCUUUCAUCGAUUACCAAGACUUAUGCCUGAAAGCUGCAUCCUGAUUGCCAUUGGAGCACUAGUUGGAGCAAUCAUCUUUGCUUCCCAUCACAAAUCUCCACCAGUGAUGAACAGUAGUAUUUACUUCUUGUAUCUCCUCCCACCCAUUAUUCUGGAGGAGGGUUAUUUCAUGCCAACUCGGCCAUUUUUUGAAAACUUUGGAUCCAUUCUGUGGUGGUCUGUUCUGGGAUCUCUUCUAAGCUCAUUUGGGAUUGGCCUCUCCCUCUAUGGAAUCUGCCAGAUCGAAGCCUUUGGCCUGAGAGACCUGAACCUGCUGCAGAACUUGCUCUUUGGCAGCAUGAUUUCAGCAGUGGACCCCGUGGCAGCUCUGGUAGUUUUUGAAGAAGCCUCCGUUAAUGAGGAGCUUUACAUGAUGAUCUUUGGAGAGUCACUGCUAAAUGAUGGCAUAACUGUGGUUUUAUAUAACAUCUUCAUCGCCUUCACCCAGAUGCACAGGUAUGAAGAAAUUGAAUCCAUUGAUGUCUUUGCUGGCUUUGCUCGCUUCUUCGUGGUGGGGCUGGGUGGAGUUUUGUUUGGCAUCGUAUUUGGAUUUGUCUCAGCAUUCAUGACUCGUUUCACCCACAACGUCUCUUCAAUCGAACCCCUGCUGGUCUUCAUGUUCAGCUACCUCUCAUACUUGUCUGCUGAAACCCUUUACAUCUCUGGCAUUUUGGCGAUGACAGCAUGUGCAGUGACAAUGAAAAAAUACGUGGAGGAGAAUGUUUCCCAGAAUUCUUAUACCACAAUAAAAUAUUUCAUGAAGAUGCUAAGCAGCAUCAGUGAGACCCUGAUUUUUGUGUUCAUGGGAGUGUCUACAGUGGGGAAAAACCAUGAAUGGAACUGGGCCUUCAUUUGCUUCACUCUGCUCUUCUGCCUCAUUUGGCGGACACUGAGUGUGUUUGCUCUCUUCUACGUCAGUAACAAGUUCCGAACGUAUCCCUUCACCUUCAAAGACCAACUCAUUAUUUCUUACAGUGGCCUCCGAGGAGCCAGCAGCUUUUCUCUUGCAUUCCUGCUUCCAGUGAAUCUUUUCCCCAGAAAAAACCUAUUCAUUACUGCGACACUUGUGGUUAUAUAUUUCACUGUGUUCAUCCAAGGAAUCACAAUUGGACCAUUGGUCAGAUAUCUGGAUGUUAAAAAGACAAACAAAAAGGAAUCUAUCAAUGAAGAAAUUCAUGUGCGGUUGAUGGAUCACUUGAAGGCUGGUAUUGAAGACAUAUGUGGACAUUGGAGUCAUUAUCAGCUGAGAGAUAAAUUUAAGAAGUUUGACAAUAAGUAUUUGAAGAAAAUUUUAAUCCGGGAGCACCAGCCCAAAUCCAGCCUUGUGUCAUUGUACAAAAAGAUGGAGAUAAAACUGGCCAUCGAGAUGGCUGAGAGUGGCAUGAAAAUUUCAAAACCAUCCACUACUUCUUUACAGAGCGGCAGGAACCAGCGUGCACACAGGCUGUCCCCGGCAGAAGUGGAGGCCAUGAGAGAUGUCCUGGCACACAACCUGUACCAAGUGCGACAAAGGGCACCAGCAUACAACCGGCACAAUCUUCCUACUGACACAAGUGAGAAACAAGCACAAGAAAUCCUCAUCCGUCGGGAACAUAGCCUGAGGCAAAGUUGCAGGAAGGGAAACAGCUUGCCUUGGGGUAGACCGGUCAACACCACAGAAGUACGCUACCUCUCCUUGCCUCAGGGUCCACGCCAGCCCACUAGAAGAAAAGCCAGGCAUGUUACUUUUACAGAUCAGCAUAGAAGUGGCUCUGAUGCUGCGUUGCCAUUAACAUCGAGGUCCCAGCCCCGACUACGGCCACUGGAAGCAAAGCAGCACCAGGAGCUGAUUCCAAUGGCACACUUGGACAGACGAGCUGGUCCAUCCAAUCUGCGAGGUCAAAGAAGAAAUUCAAUCAGGCGUCAUCGUUUCACCAGAGCAGACAAUCCAGCUCCAGUGCCCAAGGCUCGCUACACUGUCAGAGAAGUGGAGGAGUAUGAAUCAGAAGAAGAGACAGAAACAGAGGCACCAGCCAGGCCAUUAGUUAUAUGAGGAGCAGAGAUCAUCAGUGUUUGCAUCUCUAAGGCCCCUGGUGCACUGCUUCAGAAGAAAUAACAAAGCUUUUAUAUGAACCAAACUAUGAUUUUCCUCUGGGGACCAGUGUACUUGCUCUCGUAUUACCUUCAAGAGUUGUAUUAAGGUACUUAGUGGCUCAGAGAAGACUCAAAUUCUUAUAUCAGGCUAAUAUCAGGCUUUCUUUCCAACAAAACACUUCAGGAAAGAGAAGAACAUGAUAUUUGUAGGGGUUUGGAUGUGGAUCUAAACAGCAGUAGUUGGGUGCAUGAAGUGCUAUGGGUGGAAGCUGACGCUGCCUUUGUUUCAUACUACGGGCUGCAUCCAGAAGUAUAUAAAGGCAUCUCUGACGUGUGAAUGCACAGAUUGAUUACCUCAAAUUGCAUAGAGCUUUUGAUUUCAGAUCAGAAUCAGCUUCAUUCUGGGAAAUGGAAAGAGUUAAAAACAGAAAGGCAUUUUUUAGGGCAUGUAAAUGUCACUGAAGAUGCCUAAGCAAGACCUUAAGUCAAAAGGAUUUUCAGUGAACAUUUUAAGCACUUGGGAACCUCUUGGUAACUCAGGUUUUGGCCCUGCAAAAGUGUGUAAAGUCAUCUACUCUGAUGAUCCAUGGCUCGAUCUACUUAAAUCAAUGUCAAUAUGUAGGCUCCUAUCACUCACCUACAGUUGUUUUGGAUGAAUAAAGGUGGUAUUCUUGUAUGUACAAAUCCAGAGGAGUUUUCAGGCAGAAGUGCUGUCAGGAUUUUAUUUGUAAGCAUGGAAUGGGAAGAACAUAAGCAAUAUUUUUGUGAUUCAGCAAGCGGAAGGCUUCCUUGUAAAGUAUCUAACUUCUCCAUUCUCCACUCCCACCUUGUGUUCCCAAAUGCAUGCACCAUUUUUUCACACUACAACUGGACCAGCAAUGCAGAUAGGAGGCAAGAAACUGGGAUUAAAGGUAGAGGGAGCCUAAUCCUGUAGCCUGCUGUCUAGCAGGAAACAGAGGCCUAUGUUUGCCCCCCAGCUUUUCUUAGUGUCUUCCUAUAUGUUGUACAGAGAAUAUUUUCUCUAAAAGAAAGCAGAAAUAACCAGAGGGAUGUGCACUACAGCACUUGAGCUCCCAGCCUUUCUAUGGAGCUCCCUUCCAAGUGACUCUGUGUGCCCAUGCUCCACUCUCAAUGGUGGGUCUCCAUAGCAGCAGGAGAAGCAAGUAUGGUCUUUAGUCAUUUUAGCUAAGUCCCAGACACCUAGUUUCUCUGCAAAAGUUAGUUUCUGUAGAAUGGAAGCAUCCUUGCCACUGUCUUCUGUUUCUUCGCACUGUAGUUGAGCUGAUUUUAUCCAAAGGGAUGAAUCCAAAAGUCCAUAAACCCACCCGUACAGCUGCACUGAAGUCAAAUCUAUGGUUAAGAAACUUACCAAGUUCAGUCACGUUUUUGUCAAGUUUCCUCCUGUUUCCUCCACUCAGACCUUGCUCAAGUCUGUAAAUGCUACUCUAGAGUCAGAGUGCUCUUGCAUGUUUCUCUUUCUUAUAUUGCUGGUAUUGCUUGUAUGUCCUGGUGUGUAAAAGAACUUAUUUCUGUAAGUUAUGAUUUCACAUUUCCUACAAAGGCUUUCUGAUUCAGGACAGGUAGAAUCUAAACUAACAAACUUGAAAAGCACCACCAGAUGAAGAAAACCCUACAAGCCCUUUUCCCCAUUUUCUUGUGUUUGCAGCUUUUAUGCUUAGCAGGUUAUAAUGAAUCAUCUGUACUGAAACUGUAUAAAGCUUUAUGAAACUUGAGUUCUGUUUGUAUUUCCUUAUUGUGACAGAGAAAUUAUAUGACUUCCUUUUAUGAAAACAGUGGUACAUUAUUUAAACAGGCUAGGAUUUUUCUUCUGUACCAAUACUGAAUUAGCAAUGAAAUACAGUUCUGUACCUGAAAAUCAACAA